UUUAAACCGCGACUGCGGCACAUCGUGUCACGUGCAUAUACGCGUCGAGAGUACAUAAUAUGAUAAACAUCACGAUUGAUGGAUUGCCAUGUGCGCAGUACACAUCCGUCGUAUAGAACAGCUUGAUUUCUUUAUUAUAUCAUAUAUACAUACGCGGCGUAUACGGUGGCAUUGCGAUUUAUUAGCUCAUAUAUAUACACGUAAAAAGGAUAUAUCGCGUUACGAAUAAAAAUAAAAUAAUAAUGAUGAUAAUGAUAAUAGUAAAAAAAAUAAAAAAAAAUUGAAUAAGCUGCUACCCCGGAGCUUAACGAGCGUUCGACAUUAUUUAUUCAUAUUAAUUCAUCGUAUCGAGAGAUUUUACCUCGAGGCGCAGUAUAUAUAUAACGGGGAGAGUGUAUAUCUCCCUCGUAUCGUCAUGAGGCCGCACAGGAUAGAUCCGCUGGCCAACUCCCUAACGACUGUAAUGAACAACAACAAUUUGAACAACAACAAUAUAAACAACAACAACAACAACAAUGGCAGCAUCUGCGACAAUAACGCGGAGGAUAGCCCAGCCGAUGGCAAGGAUUACUUUUAUCAGCCGGCCUGGGCCAUCAUCAGUCGGCGGAACGUAUUCAACCAGCAUCAGCAUCAGCAUCAUCAGCGUCGUGCCCCGGGCGGAUCGGCCGAGAUUCAGGAGGUGGUGGAGCAGCAGAGCAACAGGCGAGAGAUGCACAAGCUGGACACGAUGCCGAUGGAGGGGUCGACGCAGCCGAGCGCGCCGUCGAAUUCCGGAGGAGGCGGCCUCGACGAUCCGGUCGACGACGGCCAGCGCAGCCUGCACUGCGCCCUGCGACCCAUCAUCAUCUUGGCCCAGGUCUUCGCCGUGUUUCCCAUCAGCGGCGUCAACUCGUCCGACGCCUCGACCCUCGAAUUCACAUGGCGCUCGCCGAAGAUCGUCUACUGCUGCCUGUCGAGCCUCGGCUCGCUCGUUCUCACCCUCUUCAGCAUCUACCGGCUGGCCACCACCUCCAUCACGUCGAGCAAGACCAGCAAUCUCGUAUUCUUCUUCACCGCCGGCAUCACCACCAUCCUGUUUCUCAAGCUGGCCAGGCAGUGGCCGGCCUUCGCCGCCACCUGGCAGAGCAUGGAGCGCGAGUUGGCCACCAGAUACACCAGAACGACGACUACGACGACGACGAAUACAGCGGAGGAGGGUGAAAAUCGAGGCGACGAUAAUCCGAGCGGUUUGGAUGCUUUGAGCUUGUCGGCCAAGUUCAAGGUUCUCAGUACCGUCGUUAUGUCGCUGGCUCUGGUCGAGCACUCGCUGUCGCUGCUGUCCGGCUACGUGAGCGCCCUCGAGUGCGCCUCCCUUCGUGGCCACGCCAACACCGCGGCGACCUACUUCUCCCUGCAGUUUCCUCAAAUCUUCACCGAGUCGAAUUUCGCCCUGUGGAAGGGCGCCCUGGUGCAGUUCAUCAACGUGCUGAGCACCUUCUCCUGGAACUUCAUGGAUCUGUUUCUCAUACUGCUGAGCGUCGCACUCACCGACCAGUUCAAGCAGCUGAAUCGCAGACUGCACUCCAUCAGGGGCAAGCACGGCGUGGCGGUGAAAACGAUGCCCGAGUGGUGGUGGGCCGAGGCCCGGAUCGACUUCAAUCGGCUCGCCUCGAUGACGCGCCGCGUCGACUCCCAGAUAUCCGACAUCGUGCUGCUCUCCUUCUCCACCAAUCUCUACUUCAUCUGCAUACAGCUGCUCAAUUCCUUCAAACCAAUGCCCAACGCCAUACAGACGAUUUACUUCUGCUUCUCGUUCGGCUUCCUGCUGCUGAGGACGGCUGCGGUCUCGCUGUACGCCGCGGCGAUCUACGACGAGUCCCGACUGCCCGCCCCGGUGCUCUACGGCGUCUGCAGCUCCAAUUACUCCACAGAAGUGCGACGUUUUCUCCACCAAGUCACCACGGACAGCAUCAGCCUGACCGGCAUGAAAUUUUUCUCCAUCACCCGCAGUCUCAUUCUGACCGUGGCCGGUACGAUAGUGACGUACGAGCUCGUGCUGGUGCAGUUCAACGCGGUCCAGGCCGACCAUCUGCAGAGCGACUCGAACAUCACGAAAGUUUGCGAGGUGAAGUGACAGAA